UCUGUCCAAUAAAAGCCACCAACUCUAUUCAAUUUCACAUCAGAUUCGCGUCGAAUAAGGCACAGUGCUCUCAAUAGACUACCACCUCUCUUUCAAACUAGGAUCAAUUUUCUCAAAGUUAUCAACAUUUUUUGAUAAAUUUCCAGUUGGAAGUCAUCUAGGAAAGAAAAUUCACCAUGAAGUGUCAAAUUGUGUUAGCUGCUCUCGCCCUUGCUACAAUUUGUGAAGUCGGUUAUGCGGGACUUACACCAGACAAAUUGAAAGAGCUCAAACCAUUGAUUGACACCUGUAUCAAACAAUCAAAAGUUGAAGAAGAUACUCUAGGAAAACUUCAUAAUGGCCACGAGAUUCCAAGCUCACAAUCAGGAAAGUGCUUUAUUGCCUGCAUGGCUGAACAUAUGAAGCUGAUGAAAGACGGAAAAUUUGAGCCAGAAAUGACAAUGGAAUUCAUCGACAAAAUGGUGCAAGACAAAGAUAAGGCUGCCGAAAUCAAGAAAGCCCUUGGAGAGUGCAUCAAGAGUGUACCAGAAGGAGACAAAUGCGAAAUGGCAGCGGGGCUAGCCACAUGCAUGAAGGAUCAUCAUGCUGAGCUUGCUGGUAUGAACUGAUGAUUUAUCUCUCAACUUCAAAAUUAUCUUCAUCAGUGAUAACUUCUUAUUUCAUUUUCUGUAACAACUUAAUAACUGCUAGAACUGUUGAUAAAUUCUGUUAAUGUUUGAAUAAAACCUUUGAAACCACUA